AUGGCACCCAUCCGCCUCGGCAUAAUUGGACUCUCGUCCAGCGCCACAACAGCUUGGGCUAGCCGCGCCCAUCUCCCCUACCUCCUCUCCCCGCUCGGCCGCUCAAAGUACACCAUCACGGCCCUUUGCAACUCGACCGCCGAGGCUGCCCGUCGCGCCAUCAAAGCCUACGACCUCCCCGCGGAGACCAAGGCCUAUGGCAGCCCCGCCGAAUUGGCGGCGGACCCCGACGUCGACUUCGUGGUCGUCUCGACGCGCGUCGACCAGCACUACGAGACUGCGCUGCCGAGCUUGAAGGCCGGGAAGAGCGUCUAUGUCGAGUGGCCGCUAGCGCAGGACGUCGAGCAUGCGCGGGAGUUGGCGGAUGCGGCGCGGGAAAGCGGGGCCCGGACGGCGGUGGGGGUGCAGGGGCGGUUUGCGCCGACGGUGUUGAAGAUUCGUGAGCUGCUGAAGGAGGGACGGAUCGGAAAAGUGCUAAGUAGUGAGCUUAGGGUUACUGGCGGCUCCAACGAUCGGGAGAUCUUGCCAGUCGGGUUGAAGUAUUUUGCCCAGCGAGAGGUUGGAGGGAACAUGGUCACCAUCGGGUUCGGACACGUGUUUGACCAAAUCCAACACGUCUUGGGCGAAGCGGACAUCCAGCACAGCCGUCUUCAGACUCAACGACCAAACAUCAGAAUCCGCGACCCUUCAACCCAGGAAAUCGUUGAAACGGUCCCAUCCAACGUCCCCGACCUCGUCACCGCAACCGCAACCCUCUCCUCAGACUUCGCCGUCCCAGACGCCACGCUCCUUCUCCGCUUCCGCCGCGGCCAGCCCUUCCCCGGCGAACCGCAGCUCGAGUGGACCAUCAACGGCGAAAAGGGUGAGAUCCGCCUCACGUCCCAGGACAGCGCGGCCUUGCAGGCGUUCGCGGAUGGCGACGGGGUCCGGAUCCAGGUCCACGACUUUGAGAGCGACAAGGUCGAGCGGGUUGCGUGGCAAUGGGCGGAUUGGCAGAAUGAGUUGCCCGUGCCCGCGAGGUGCAUCGGGGCCGGUUACGAGGCUUUCGCCGAGGGAGAGGGGGCAGAGGUGCCGAGCUUCGAUGAUGCUGUCAAGAGGCAUGAGCAGCUUGCUGUUUUGCUCUCGACUUCUGUCUAA